UCACUUUUUUUCAAAACAAACCAAAAAGUUACAAUAUUCAAAUGUUUUCAAUUUAUCAAAAAAGCCAAGAGAAGGAAUAAAUAUGUCGAAACGUAAUAAGGUAGAGGGAAAUGUAAAAGGAAGACGUAAACAAAGCUUACCGAAUCAUGAAGAUAGUGAGAUAAAUACCACAAAUAAUGGUUCUGAUGAUAACUCACAUAUAUCUUCAGAACCCAACGAUAGUUUUUGUGAAUCAAUAACUUUGAAUGAAAAUUCUGAUGAUACCUCACAUACAUCUUCAAAGUACAACGAAAGUUUUUCGAGAUCAAAGUUAUUGAAUGAAAAUUCGUUUGAGAAAAUACUUGAGAAAACCGUGUUCUUGGUCUUUAAAAACUAUUAUGUUAUGCUAUCGAUAGUAUGCUUAAUAGUUUGCUUAUUAGUAUACUUUAUAGAUUUUAAAGGAUAUUUUCCACAAGGAAAUAUUUUCCAAAUUCCUAAGUCUUCGGAAUCUCGAAAGAACUGUUCAAAUUUUUUGGAAUCGAGUCAACGUUAUCCGAUGUAUAAUGCUCGUUUUUGGAAAGAAUUACAAUCUGGAAUUGAACACGUUCAAAAUGAUGAGCCUCCUGAACCAGCGGUGUUUCUGUUCGUUUAUUCUGAUCAACACGUUGCUCACAAAAUUUUAAGUCAUAUCGUAUCGACAACACUUUUGUGCCUUGAUUCAAAGGGAGGAGCAAUUGACGUGCCAUCCAGUGAGUUACAAAGUCAGGAAGUAAUCGACGACUAUGGAAAAUUAAUUGAAAAGUACAAACCGAAAUUGGAAAUUCAACGAAUCAUGAUAGUUAAAGACAUUCAAGAAAUUCCUGCGCCUGUUUCGCGAGCUUUUCACUUUUUCUGUGACACAACUUCGCCAAUAGUUAAAAAAUCCGUUUAUUUUUUUACUAUGCAAAUGUCUGAAAUGGAAAUCCCUUCAAACAAGAAUGCCUUAUACGAGACUGUGGAAAAUCGUUUACGAGAAUUGUGGAAAAGCGGUGUAGAUAAGGAUAAAAUUCAACCAUUGAUCGCAAGAGUGACUGAUAAUGUACUUUAUAUGCGAGAACGAUGAUUUUUCUUUUUUUCUAUUUUCAUGAAUAAACUCAAUUUGUUUUUUUUUUAAU